AUGGAUUUUGGACAUUUAAUUGAGGUUAAGUUUAAAAAUUACAACGGGGAAAUAUUUCAACGGCGGUGGGUGUUGUUCCAACAAAAUAGUUUUGGAGAAGAUUGUUUCAAAAACAGCUUAUAUACAGUACUUUAUUUAUUAUACUCCGAAUCGUCCCCUUUCUGCGAGAGGACGGACACUUUGUCGCGAUUACUUUGUCGCAAGUCCACUUUAUAACCGGAAACUUUGUCGCAGAGUGAUUUUUUCUAGAACCCAUCCUUCGUUUAAGUAUUUGACAAUAAUCACAAUCGUCCACCCAAUUUUUACUUCAUUUUUCUUAUUUUCAUUUUUUAACAUUUCACAAAAUUUUAUACAUUUACAGACAUUUUCUUUUAUAUCCAAGAUAUAUUUUUUGUAAAAUGACUCAACGAAAGGACAAUAGUUUAUCAAGUAUUUCUGCUUUAAUUCAUCCAGUUGUUGUUUUAAAUAUUUCUGACCAAUGGACGAGGGCUCGCGUACAAAAUGAUGAUC